AAGCGGUGCUGCUGGCUCGGAAAUGUCUCUACCUCUGUGCAGUUUUGUUUUUAUCUCCAUUUUAGAGCUCACUGUCGCAUUAUAACAUGACUGAGGCCGUGACAGGACGUGUUCAUAUCAGGCAGUUGACUAGCAAACUACACUGAUGGGUGAUGCAGAGAAACAGGGUAUAGAGGAGAUGGAGGGGCAAAGCUGUGUACCAGCAGCUUCCAGCACCACUGCACCCACCAACAACACAGCGGUCAGUUCCACACCCAGACCUAACACUCCCAUCAGCACCCAGGCCAUCUCCACCACUAUAGGAAAUGUAUCUUCAGACAGGCAGGCGGUCCAGGUAAUUCAACAGACAUUGCACAGACCACAGAGCAUGACAGCUCAGUACCUGCAACAGAUGUAUGCCGCUCAACAACAGCACAUCCUGCUACAAACAGCUGCUUUACAACAGCAACAUCAGCAAAACCUCACUGCUGCACAGAUCCUGGCCACUACACAGCAGGCAUCACAAACCAAUGGCAGGCAGCCCACAUCUUCUCCUCCAGCCACCAAUGGAAAUGUAACUCUAGCGAGUGUGACUCAGACAUCAAUCACCAUGCCAACCUCUCAUGUAACUCAGCCAAUUGGCCGCAUCCAGGCCAGCUGCUCCAAUAGCACAGCAGGGGCCAUAUCCCAGCAGACCAUGCUCUUAGGAAACAGCUCUCCCACAGGUAGCCAGGCCCAAAUGUACCUGCGCACUCAGAUGCUGAUUCUCACCCCUGCGGCAAGUGUAGCUGCUGUUCAACCUGAUCUAACAGUCGCGUCCUCUCAGUCAGCAUCAUCACAGGUUCAGAGCUUGGCUCUCCGCACAAAUCUCUCAGGAUCUCUUGCUGCUCCCCACAACAUCCACUUCAAGCCGUCCCUUCAAGGCCAGACGCUCGUGUCCCCCCUUCCCAAAAUGUCUAUUUGCCCACUGAAGUCAACACAGAUACCCCAGAAUCUGGUAGAAACCUCUCGAAGUGAGUCAUUUUUGGCCGAUGUCACCCAGCCACCGUCAACCCAUCCACUCAUUGCACCCUCAACUUUCUCACCAGUCCAGUCUCAUACUCUGCUCAGACACCAUCUGCACUGCCCUCCCAGCCAGAGGGUGGCGCCACACCAUCUCUUUAUACAGCAGAGCACCAGCGACCAAAGACAUCUCCAGCCCAUCGCUCUGCGUGUCACGUCACGGGCCGGCUCUCCUCCACCCCUCGCCCUGCAGACCCGUACAACUCCCACCACAGCCACCGUCCAAUCACAGCACACCGAUCUCUUCUCUGUGCCCUCUUCUGCAAAUCACCCAGCCGUAGUGUCUACCUCCACGUUUACCCCCACAACACUCCCCAACCCGCCACCCCUUCACCUGGGCCUGGCACUAGAGCCCGUCUCCCAGUAUUCACCGCUCGCCUGUCCCCCUCCUCUCACGAUGGCCCUGCCCAGACUGAUGCAGCCACCGAGACUGUCUAUGCGCUCCGUUCACACUGUGGCCGUCCAGUCUGACCAUGUGCUGGUGUCUGAAGAAGAACUUCCAGUCGCUGAAGCUCUGGUUCAACUUCCCUUCCAAAAUCUUCCACCACCGCAGACAGUGGCCGUGGACCUAAAGGUGCAGCCUUCCGCACGGACCAAAGCACCUGCGGCGACUCAGCUGUUAAAAGAAACCGGUGGUAUGAAUCUGGUAAAGAACGGUUUGAGGAACAAAACGCCCACCCCGCCACCAACAUCUCCGCUGGCCGAGCCCCAGACGACCUCUGAUGAUGUAACAGCAGAGCCAGAAAACUGCACAGCUGAUCAGGACCAACCUUGCGUACCGCCUGUGACCGACACGUCGGAGGACCCCACCUAUGCCAAGGGUUCCCCCCCUCCCCUCCUCUCUUCUGCGGUAAGAAGCUCCAGCAGGCUUCCCCCAGCCAGCCUUCCGGGGAACCCUGAGGGUCAGCCCUCACAGGCCAUCGUUAGACCUCACAUCCUCACGCACCUCAUUGAGGGCUUCGUCAUCCGAGAGGGCCUGGAGCCUUUCCCGGUAAGACACGCGGCGGGAAGCCAGGAGAUGAACCUGCGUGCCACGCUGCCGGAAGAUGGAGAGAGUGACGCUCGCGGAGGAUCGCCCGUGAUGGAUGACGACCAUCCAGACAACUCGAGCGAUUCUGACAUGGAUGACCUGCGCGCUGAGGAUGAGCAGACAGUUGAAAACAUGACCGAUGUGUUGGAAUGUGAGUUCUGUGGGAAGAGAGGCUUCGCUCACACCUUCCUCAGAUCCAAACGCUUUUGCUCCAUGACGUGCGUCAGAAGAUUCAACGUGAGCUGUAAGAAGCGUCUAAACCUUUUGAGGACGGAUAAAAUGAGCCGCUGGCCCCACAGACCCAUGGGAAGGCGCGGGAGACCACCCAGCCGUAUAAAAAGCGUGUCUAGGGAACAUUUCUUCAGAAAGCUGCGAGAGGCGCAUCCUACGGAUGACAGUCAGAGGGUCUCCAACUCCUCAAUGUGGAUGGAGAGAGAGGAAGAGGAUCCACCGGGCCCGAUGACAACCAGACUGCGUCUGCAGGUGGAGAGAGAGAAAGAGCAGGACAGAGAGCGAGAACAGAGCAGGGUGGAGCGUUGUAGCAGCUCCGUCUGCUUUCUUGACUCGAGACCGUCGCAGUGGAGCGUGGAGAACGCGUGCUCCUUCAUUGCCUCCUUACCAGGGUGUCAUGAGCUCGCCGCUGAGUUUCGCUCACAGGAGAUUGACGGACAGGCGCUGUUACUGCUGACAGAGGAUCACCUCAUGAGCGCUAUGAACAUUAAACUGGGCCCUGCUCUCAAAAUCUGCGCACGCAUCAACUCUCUCAAAGAACCUUAGAGUCCAUCGUCUCGUUGAGAGCUGGGCGGUGUUCCAAAUCUCAAAUAUGGUUUAUUCCCCCUCGGUCCCAUCCUGCCAUACCAUAUUUGAAGAUCUACUUCUACUUAAGUGCCAUUGCUUCAGUAAACACGUGGCCAUUGUAUCGAUACUGUAGACGUUCAUGGGGACUCUGCCCUCUUCAGAUACCUCAGACAAGAUCUUACCUGUUUCACGGUGAGCUUGUUAUUCUGAUCUCAUUCCGGUCAAGUAAACACUGAUUUGGACGAUUUGCGGCCAGGGUUUUGUGUAUAAUAUCUGAUGUAUAUUGUGAACUUGUAUAUUGCAUUUAAAGGAAACAGACCGGCUGGAAAAUACCUUUCUAUAUUGAAAAACGAGGGACGAUACACAGUUGGACGUAAUGG